CUUGCCAUGAGUUCCAGGGGAUCCAACAGCCGGAUGUCAUCGAUCCCAGCCAAGCUGCCGCGGAGUAGCGGUGUCUACAUGAAGCGCCCCAGCUUGGGAGGCCCCCCGAUGCCUCCCGGAGGCCAUCACCGCCCCAGCUUGAGCCGCCAAUCCAUGGCCUUCUCCUCCUCCAAAGGUGCGUCGGCACAGGAUCCCAGGAACAUCAACGACAAGAGCUUCCAGAAAGAGGCCACGGCGGAGCUCAUCGAGUACCUCACGACCCAUGGAUUCAACUCGCCCAUUUCCUCCAAGCUGCCCUCCGGUAAGGAGAUCAAAGAUAUCAUAGAGUUUCUUUUCCGCCAAGUGGAUCCACACAUCGUCUUUGGCAAGCUCGAAGAUGAUGUCCCGGGCUUCUUCAGGAGUCUCAACUAUCCUUUCCAGAUCAGCAAGAGUGCCCUCUAUGCCGCCGGGAGCCCGCAUUCUUGGCCUGGAUUGCUGGCCGCUCUAGCCUGGCUCGUCAAUCUCUUGACUUACGAGGAGAAGGCUCGGGAGAUCAAAGAAGGGAAUGGUGGUGGAUUUGGCUACGAGGGAAGCGGGGAUUUGAUUUUUUUCGAGUACCUCAGCCAAGCUUACAACGAGUUUCUUUGCGGCAACGAUGAGGCGUGCGCUAAGCUCGACGCGGACUUUCGGGUCCAGUUUGAGGAAGAAAAGGCCCAGCUGGUGCAGCAGGCAGAAGAGCUCGAGAAGACCGUGAAUGAUUUGCAAGCUAAGCUCCACACCUUUACAAGUGAGCCAUCGCCUUUGGCUGUUUUGGAGUCGAAGAAGGCGGACUUUCUAAACGACGUCGCAAAGUUUACGACCAUCAUCAGCAACUUUCAGUCGCACAAGGAGGCGUCGCUCAAGAAAAUGGAGGAGAAGAGGGAGGAUCUGCUGGCUUUGAAGACGGAGGCUUCCAACAUAGCGGAGGAGAACGAGGCUUUGCGGCAACGGAUCGGGGCUCAGCAGCUCAGCGUCGCUGGCGUCGAGAAGAUGGACAAAGAAAGCCAAAUUCUCGAGACGCGAUUGCAUGCAGUCUCUAAAGCAGCACAGGAGUUGCAAAAGGAAGCAUGGGACAAGGAAGUUCAGUCUGCGAACAUGCUGAGGGAGGUGGAGGACGUCGUCAUCACCUACAACACUGGCAGCGCGAGGCUCAAAAAUAUGUAUCCAGAAUUGGAAGCUCGGCAAGUUCAACUCGAGAUGAAAGUUAACUCGAGGGAGGAGAAACCCGAAGAUAUACUUGGUUUUAACGUCAAGGGUGUGUUCAAGCCGCUGGUUGCCAGUCUCAUGGAAAGCAUUGAGAAGGCAACAAGGGAUGCGAGGGAAGAAGUCCUUGUCAUGCAGAAGAAACUGUAUGCGGAUGAGGUUUCCUUCCAAGAAAAAUCUGACGAGGUUUCCACACUCGUCACUCAGAAUAAGAAGCUUGAGGCACAAUAUAAAGGGAGGAAGGAGAGACUGGAUAACUACAUUGCCUCGAAAGCCGCUCAAAGAGCUCAAUUCGAGAAGAGCUUGGCAGAAAAACAAACAACGUUAAGACAGGUAUAUAAUGACGCGGAAUCACUACUAAAGAAACUAAACGCGGAUUACGAGAUAAAGCUCAAGGCUUAUAAAGAGGAAAUGGAGCAGGAGCAAGCUGAAGCCUUGGAGGCGCUGCAAAUGUAUGCCGAGCACAACGAAUAUAUCCAGCAAGCUUUGAGCAGACUGGAGGACAGGGCAGGCCAAGUCUUGAAAAUGGCGAGAAGAGAUUGAUCAGCGGAUGGAAUGCAUGACUGCAUGCUGUUACAUAGUACGUAGACGGUCUUUUGGUGUGGCUUGCUGCAAAUCAAGAGCAUGGUG